GAUAAUGUCAUUACCGAUGGAUAUGCUCUCCACCGAAAAUAUAUCGUCGGACGUGUUUCACGGCUGUUUCGUAGUUACCUGCAUCUUAUUCGCGUUCAUCGGUCUGGUGUGGCUGCGCAAGCAAAUUCUACACGCGGGCGGCCCUGAUUGGCUCGAGAGGGAUAUACAGUUACCCCCGGUCGACAAUGACGACAAUCCGCCACAAGCAAACGCACAACGCCCGCAGCAACCUCAGGAGCAGCGUGCUAUGCCGCCAGAAGUCCAGGACUACAAUAAUAUCCUUCCCUUCAUUAAUCCGCCUAUUCCGCAGGAAGAAGAGUUACAUAAUGAAGGUGAUCCGAAGACAAAUCAACGUCCGAUAUAUCGAGAAGCGGCAGAAAACUUGGUCAAUAAUCCACGAGUUGGCGAACCCGAGGAUCUAGCUGAGGUUGAGGAGGCUAAUUGGAAUCCUAUGGAAUGGGACAGACUAGCCGAAGAGCUAAUCUGGGAACAUUUAUUAGGAUGGGACGGGUUUCUUGGCUUUCUUAAACAUGUCUUCUGGAUCGUGUCCUUAAACACCUUGUUUAUCAUGGUGUUCGCCUUUUGCCCGUAUCACAUCGGCCAUUUUAAGAUAGCGGGACUGAGCCUGCAGAAGCACGCGGCCUGGUGGCGCAUCGAGGGCCUGGUGACCACGCUGUGCGGUUACUGCGUGAUCGGAGUUUGCCUGGUGGUUCUCUAUACUCUCGCCGCACUGUUAGGUUUCCAGUGCUCCCAGCGAAUCCUAGGGCGCUGCUACGUAAUUGCCAAGGUCUCCUUGCUCUUUGUCGUGGAGAUCGGCGUACUUCCAUUAGUCUGCGGCUGGUGGUUGGACAUCUGCUCGUUGGCGAUGUUCGACGCUACGCUCAGAGAUAUAAAAUUCGUGUUCAGAGUCGCUCCUUACACGUGUAUGGUCAUCUAUUGGCUGAUGGGGAUAGUUUACAUAUAUUAUUUCGUAUCGCUCAUCCUCCUCUCGCGCGAGGUCCUGCGCCCCGGGUUCUCUGACUGUAUCUCGGACGUGAAGGAAAACGGGUUAUCUCAAUUACACGUUCAAAGUUUAAUGGUAUAUUUCGAUAACAUGCAGAGUUUACAUCAAGGGUGA